AUGGAAACUCUCGACAACACCGAAUGGGACGUGCUGGUCGUAGGCACCGGUCUGCAGCAAUCUCUGCUCGCUCUAGCCUUGUCACGCUCGGAUAAGAAGAUUCUCCACGUCGACGAGAAUGACUACUACGGGGGUGCUGAGGCUGCCUUUAGCUUGCAAGAGGCUGAAGACUGGGAGAAUCGAGUGAAGGAGGGACCACCAAAUGCAGCCUUCUCCGACAUCACCAUCACUAGGCCCGACAAUAGCCCCGACAGCCCUGCACCGCGACUAUCCGUUUCGAGAGCAUACAAUCUGUCGUUAAGUCCCCAGUUGGUCUACGCUCGCUCGUCUCUUCUCGGCCAUCUCGUUUCGUCACGAGUGUACCGCCAGCUUGAAUUCCUCGCUGUUGGGAGCUGGUGGGUCUACUCGCCAGAGGCACCGAGCGAAAAUUCUGCGGUUUCGGAGGCUACGCUGCCGCGGGGGAGACUGGUAAAGGUUCCAAACGGCCGUGAGGAUGUCUUCCAGGAUCACCAGUUGGACUUCAAGGCCAAGCGCGCGUUGAUGAAAUUUUUACGCUUCAUUGCAGAGUAUGAGGAGCAGACCGAGAUCUGGCAAGACUACCGCGAGCAGCCGUUCUCUGAGUUUCUCACCGAACAGUUCAAGGUUCCGGCGAAUUUGCAAGGCCCACUGAUGGCUCUUGCGCUAUCAACUGCCCGCCCAGACCAGACAACGACCGCGUACGCGCUACCCAGGAUCGCGAGGCAUCUACGAUCCAUUGGUGUAUUUGGGCCUGGCUUCGGAGCGGUCAUACCAAAAUGGGGUGGCUUGUCUGAGAUUAGCCAGGUCUCUUGUCGAGCCUGUGCUGUAGGAGGUGGAGUCUACGUACUUGGAAAAGGCGUCAGCCCACCUACAGAUGGCGCCGUGGAAGCCACAGAUAGUGGUGUUAAACUUCGUCUGAAAGACGGCGAAGAAAUUACCGCAAAGUGGAUCAUAGGGGGAAGCUCUGCAACAGCUUCUACCUACUGCAGGUCGAUAACCAUUGUGUCAUCGUCUUUGCAGCAUCUGUUCCCUCCUAUGGCGGAAGAGGCACCGGCACCAGCGUCAGCUGUUGUUGUGUUUCCUUCUGGCUCGCUGAUGCUGGACCUGAAGGCUGAAGAGCUUCCUCCAGUACAUGUAUUUGUGCAUUCAAGCGACACUGGUGAAUGCCCUGCUGGCCAAUGUGUACUAUAUGCUUUGACGUCGCUGGAAGGCGAGCCAGGCUUUACUUUGCUUCAGCAGGCCGUUGAUUCGCUUCUUUCUGCCGUUGAUGCCACACCAGCACUCCAAGUGCUUUGGUCAGCCAAAUACCAACAGCGGCCGUCUUCAGGCGACGACAUUUUCCCAUCGGGCCCAGAGAACAUUCUAUGUUUCCCACCGCCGUCUAUGGAUCUUGCUUUCGAUGACUCUGUGCUCGACCAGGUCAAGGAUGUGUGGCAAAAGAUUACUGGCGGGAAUGACGGCGAGUUUCUCGUAUUCCAGGAUAGGGAGACGUACGAUGAUGAUGAAUGAUGAGGAAUGAAGUCUACGACACAACAGGAUGGCUAUGAGAAACAUGAUAGGAAUAUAUUUGUCAUUGCCCGGUACAUUAUGCCGUCGAGUUU